AUGGGUCAGAGGCUGCCUCUUCCGCCACUCGAGAAUCGUUCCAAGAAGAUCCUUUCUCGCUAUCACAUCGGGCUAGCCGAGAUGGAGAAGCUAUGGAAAGUCUUCACUUCCAUCGAUAAGAAUCGUGAGAAUCGCCUACGACUCGAUCACUAG